CUAUUUUGAUUAUUUGUCUUCUGUUUCAGUUGCUCUGGGGCUGAUGUCAUACUUCCACUACUAGAGGAACUGUGCAGCAAUAAACCUACACUGUGCCAGUCCCUUCCUUUGGCAAGUACAAUUUAAAAUUCCGGAGAACCUCCUUUCUCUCUUGCUGUCUGCUCUGAACUGAACAUAAGCCCUUCAGAACUGCAGGUUUUCAGGAGGACUGAGGUGUAAAAGCCAAGAAAUUUAGCCCAUUGGUUGAAAUCCUCAGAAACAAAAUUGUGAAUAUGUGGGGAAUAGCCUCGUUGCCAGGGACACAACUCUGACACACACACUUUGGGUGUCUAUAAAUAACGUCAGGGAAUAUGGCCGGACCCCUCCUGCUUCCCCGCAACGCCGCCGCGGCCACUCUUUUUCGGAGGCUUGCAAAAAGAACGGCAGCUUGGAGAAUAGUGUCACCUGCUGGGUGGCCAAAAAUGAGUGAUGUCACAGAAGAAAACUGCAAGAAAAGCAGUUCUGCCCAGGAAACAUCUGCAGAAGGAAAUGUCUCUCCUGAGAAGGAUGCUUCAGUAACACAAAAACAACUGCAACUUGAGAAACAAUUAAAAUCCUUAGCCUUUCAAAAUCCAGGACCUCAGGUAGCUGACUUCAAUCCUGAAACUAGAGAGCAGAAAAAGAAAGCAUGCAUGUCACAGAUGAAACAAGAUUUUUUUAAGAAGCCCAAACCUGCAAAGAAGUAUGACAGACAUGGCAGGCUGCUUUGUAAUAACGUUGAUUUGUGCGAUUGCCUGGAAGAGACCUGCAUGGGUUGCUUCUAUCCUUGCCCCAAAUGCAAUUCAAAAAAAUGUGGAGCGGAAUGUCGCUGCAAUAGGAAAUGGUUUUAUGAGAAAACUGAGACUGAAGAUGGGAAUGUGAUCAGUGUAUUUCCAUUUCUUGACUCUGACUGACUUUGUUCUUAUUGUUUUUGUGUGUGAGCAAAGUUCUUCCUUCUUCACAUUUUAUUAAAGCAAACCUUGGCUUUA